AUGCAUUUGAUGAAUCCGAACCAAUCUGUUAUAAAGAAGCGACACAUGACAUUUACCUUGUAUUCAUAUUGUGUUGAUAAUGCUUGUUCCGAUCCUUCUUUAGCACAUAACUUUGAUAAAAUCAUUGCUUUAAUACCAGGCCUCGACGAACAACAAAUUGGUCCUGGUAUUCAUUUAGCAGCCUGGAGCUUAAUGUUUUUAGCAAUGGCUGCAAUAUCAAUAUUAUACAAUAAUUACAAAAAAAUUGAUAGUGUUA